AUGCGUACCUACGACGACACUUUCAGCGCCACCAAGAUCUACCCUGGCAAGGGCAAGCUCUACGUCCGAGGCGACAGCAAGAUCUUCCGAUUCCAGAAUGGCAAGACCGAGUCCCUUUUCUUGCAGCGCAAGAACCCGAGAAGAAUAGCCUGGACCAUGCUCUACCGACGUAUGCACAAGAAGGGUAUCUCAGAGGAAGUCGCCAAAAAACGCACCCGCCGCACGGUAAAACACCAGCGAGCCAUCGUGGGCGCUUCCCUCGAUGUGAUCAAGGAGCGCCGCUCUCAACGCCCAGAGGCCCGUGCCGCAGCCCGUCAAGCAGCGAUCAAGGACGCCAAGGAGAAGAAGGCCGCCAGCGAGAGCAAGAAGAAGGCCGAGAAGGCGAAGAGUGCGGCGAACGCAGCGCGGGGUCAGAUCACGAGCAAGCAGGGCGCCAAGGGUGCACCGAGCAAGGUGCAGGCCAAGAGCCGAUAG